AUGCAUUUCAAAUCUGUUCUUGCGACGACGUGUCUCGUCACCAGUGUGCUUGCGCUUGAGAACCCUCACAAGCGUGCUCCCAAGAAAGUUCACACUGGUCGUCCUGCCCCAGCUCGUCGGUCUUUGGACAAGAGGCAGCAGUCGAGCUACCUGAACGAUGACACCAAGAAGUUCGCUGUAAAUGGCACAGGCGUUCCCAUGGUGGACUUCGACAUUGGCGAGUCCUACGCCGGAACUCUCCCCAUCGAUGGGAACAGCACCAACGAGAACCAGCUGUUCUUCUGGUUUUUCCCCUCCGACAACCCAGAUGCCGGCGAUGAGAUCACCAUCUGGCUCAACGGUGGGCCGGGAUGUAGUUCUCUCGAUGGCCUGCUCCAGGAACACGGGCCGUUCCUCUGGCAGAGCGGCACCUACGCGCCACAGCCCAACCCAUUCUCCUUCGUCAAUCUCACCAACAUGGUGUACGUUGACCAGCCGAUCGGCACGGGUUUCUCACCUGCCGCUGAAGGUGCACCGGCCAACAUCACAGAUGAAGUCGAUGUCGGCAGAGACUUCUCUGGCUUCUGGAAAAACUUCAUGACUACCUUCAACAUGACCGGACGCAAGGUCUACCUUACAGGAGAGUCAUACGCCGGACAAUAUAUCCCAUACAUUGCAAGCUACAUGCUCGACCAGAAUAACGCCGACUAUUACAAUGUCAAGGGCAUUCAGAUCAACGACCCUAGCAUUGCAGAGGACUCGGUUCUAAUUCAAGCACCCGCCGUCACGCAUCUGAACAAUUACGCCAACAUCUUCGCCCUCAACGAGUCUUUCAUGAGCGACAUCAACGAGCGGGCCCAGAAAUGUGGCUAUCUCGACUUCAUGGAGAAAGCAUUGACCUUCCCUCCUGCGGGCAAAUUCAUCGCUCCAAACGAUAGCGCUCCAGGCUGUGACGUUUGGGACGACAUCAUCACCGCCGAGCUACUGAUCAACCCGUGCUUCAACUUCUACCACCUGACAGACUUCUGCCCCUUCCUAUGGGAUGAGCUAGGUUUCCCAUCUCUCGCAACCGGGCCCAACAACUACUUCAACCGCAGCGACGUGCAAAAAGCGAUCAACGCACCACCGACCAACUACGCGAUCUGCGGCGACGACACACUGUUCCCGGACGGCGACCUGUCGGAACCCUCGUCCUACACGGCGCUCCCCUCCGUCAUCGAACGCACCAACAACGUCAUCGUCGGCAGCGGCCUGCUCGACUACCUGCUGCUGACCAACGGAACGCUCAUGGCCCUCAACAACAUGACCUGGAACGGCAAGCAGGGCUUCUCGUCCGCGCCCUCCGACAAGUUCUUCGUCCCCUACAAUCCCUGGAUCUACCAGGUCAUCAACGAGACCGAGAACCAGCCCAUCCCUGCCACGCCCGUCGGUCUGCAGGCCGGUGCGGGAUAUAUGGGCGUCACGCAUACAGAACGCGGCUUGACCUGGGUGACUGUUGAUCUGGCCGGUCAUGAGAUUCCCCAGUAUGCUCCUGGCGCGAGUUAUCGACAACUGGAGUUCCUUCUGGGUAGGAUUGGAAGUCUCACUGAGAUGGGCGACUUCACGACGCUGAAUGAUAGUUAUGUCGGGAAUGCUAGGAGACUGUAA